ACGCACGUGUUCAAAUUGUAGCAGCACCAAAUCACAUAUUCCGUACACUCUUUCUCCGUAAGAAGCAAGCAUAUAUAUAAUGAAAAUGUGGGAUUAGGGUUUUUUUUUUCUUGGGGGGUUGGGGAGCCAAAGUUUAUCCAGCAGCGUUUCAUAUAUAUAUAUUUUUUGGGUGAGUCUUCUCUCAGUCUCACACGGACUACCAUUAGAAUAGAAUAGAGGAGAAUUAUUAUACAACUUCUCCACGAAUGGCUGACCAGAACACGCCGCCAACGGCACAGCUCGCACACGCCACAUUACACGAUCAAGUCUCAUCUUCCCAAGUUUCCAAAGCUGAGUUCUCCGAUCGCGUGCUCAUCCGAUCCAUCGUUUCUCGACCCGAUGGUGGGGCCGGACUCGCCGGCCAACGCCUCCGCAUUGGCGGGUGGGUCAAAACGGGUAGGAAGGCGGACAAGGACGCCUUCGCUUUUCUCGAGCUCAACGACGGCUCGUGCCCUGGAAAUCUUCAGGUGAUCGUGGAGGCCGAUAAGGCGGACCUUGGGCAGCUCGUGCCCACCGGUACCUGUGUUUCUGUUGACGGCCUGCUGAAACUGCCGCCGGCUGGAACCAAGCAGAAGGUGGAGCUUCGGGUUGAGAAUGUCCUGCAUGUGGGUCCCGUCGACCCAGCCAGGUAUCCGUUGCCCAAGACCAGGCUCACGCUUGAGUUCUUAAGGGACUUUGUUCAUCUCCGCCCCAGAACUAAUACGAUUUCUGCAGUCGCUCGAAUCAGAAAUGCCCUUGCUUUUGCAACCCACACGUUCUUUCAAAAGCACGGUUUUCUUUAUGUGCACACUCCAAUUAUCACCACUAGUGAUUGUGAGGGUGCUGGUGAAAUGUUUCAAGUCACAACCUUGAUUAGUGAAGCUGAAAAGUUGGAGAAGGAGCUCAUUAAGAAUCCUCCUCCAUCAGAGUCAGAUAUAGAAGCUGCCAAACUUGUUGUCAAGGAGAAAGGUGAAAUUGUUUCUAAGCUCAAAUCUGAUAAAGCAAGCAAGGGGGAAAUUGGUGCUUCUGUGAAUGUACUUAAAAAAGCAAAGGAGAAUCUCUUGAAGCUGGAAGAGAGAUCAAAGCUUAAACCGGGUAUUCCCCAAAAAGAUGGAACAAUUGAUUAUUCCCAAGAUUUCUUUGCUCGUCAAGCAUUCUUGACAGUUUCUGGCCAACUGCAAGUUGAAAGUUUUGCAUGCGCUCUUAGUAGUGUUUAUACUUUUGGGCCUACUUUUCGUGCUGAGCAUUCUCACACCUCAAGGCAUUUGGCUGAAUUCUGGAUGGUGGAGCCUGAAAUAGCAUUUGCAGAUCUCAAUGAUGAUAUGAACUGUGCAGAGGCAUAUGUCAAGUUUCUGUGUCAGUGGUUACUUGACAAUUGCCUUGAGGAUAUGAAAUUUAUGGCUGAUAAAUUUGACAAAAGUUGCAUUGAUCGACUGAGAAUGGUUUCUUCAACACCCUUUGAGAGAAUAACAUAUACAAAAGCAGUAGAGCUGCUAGAGGAGGCUGUGAAAAAGGGCAAGGUGUUUGAUAAUAAAGUGGAGUGGGGCAUUGAUCUGUCAUCUGAGCAUGAGAGAUACUUGACGGAGGUUAAAUUUCAGAAGCCUGUUAUUGUGUAUAAUUAUCCAAAAGGAAUCAAAGCAUUCUACAUGAGGCUCAAUGAUGAUUCUAAGACAGUGGCUGCUAUGGAUGUCCUUGUACCUAGGGUGGGAGAAUUGAUAGGUGGAAGCCAGAGGGAAGAGCGAUAUGAUGUUAUUCAAAGCAGGAUAGAGGAGAUGGGACUGCCUGUAGAGCCAUAUGAGUGGUACCUUGAUCUUCGUCGCUUUGGGACAGUAAAACACAGCGGUUUUGGAUUAGGCUUUGAAAGAAUGCUGCUGUUUGCUACGGGCAUCGACAACAUUAGAGAUGUUAUUCCCUUUCCUAGAUAUCCGGGGAGAGCAGAUCUUUGAUCAUGUCAUAGUAUUCAUUAGUAAUUAAUUUUUUGGUUUUAUUCACAAGAUGUUUGAGCAUUUCAACACGGCAAAGUUAUCCUAUUUUAUCGAGUGUUUAUUAUUAUUAUUAUUUUUAUAUAUAAAAUUAAUCGUAGCGUUGAUGCUUUUUGAUUCCUAA